AGGCAAAGAAAUUCAGCUUCCUGCCUCUAUGCCCACAGCCAGAGAAGUGUUGCUGUGCUUGUCACCUGAAACGUCUGCAUCAAUUGGAAAGGGUCGGGCAGGUUGGUGGCACCAGGAUUUGUUGGGUGCGAGCUGCGGCUGCAGGGAUUGUGUUGGAGGUGAAGUAGCUGUGAAGUAGCUGGAGGAACUGGGGUUGCGUUGUACAGGUGCAGAUCCAGAUACACGUGUGGGUACAGAUGUGGGUACAGCUUUACGCGUAGGCAGAAGUGCAGGUGUAGAUGCAGGAAUAGGUGCCAGGGAAGAUACAUGUAGAGUUACAGCUGGAGUGCACGAGUAGCCAUAGCACCGCCCCGCCACCGCGGCUCCCGGUUCUCCGUCGCUAAGUGAUGUAAGUGCGCCACGUGACCACCUCAGUGACGUCAUCCCCGCGCCGCUCGCGGUUCUCGGAGCUGCAUGGCGCGCUCCGGGCCCAGCCGCCUGGCGCUGGGGCUGGCAUUGGGCGCGGCGGCGGCCGCGGGCCUGGGCCUCAGCCUGCUGUGGGCAUUGCGGCGGCGGCGGCGCGGCUGGCGGCGGGGCGGCGGCAGCGGCCGGGAGGCGGCCCGGAGGCGGCCCGAAGGCACGGCGGGACUCGGGGACGGCGGCGCGGAGGUCGUGGGGAGUUGGAGCCAGGGUCUAACCAGAAAGCCAGUUCCUUUAGGGGCAGGAGAUUGUGCUGUGUAUACACCUCUGUUAACACAUGGUGAGCAGGUGGAUGUGCUGGACCGCCUGGAUUUUGUGCUGACAAACAUCUUGGAGCUGAGGAGGGAAGUAGAGGAACUACGAAACAGCCUGCAGAACCUUGCUGCAGAUAUUGUGGGUGAAGUCAGGUCCCAUCUGGAAGAAACACAGAGAGUAGCACGCCGAAGGCGGUUCCCGUUCCAUAGAGAAAGAAGUGAUUCCACAGGGUCCAGUUCAAUUUAUUUCACUGCUAACUCGGGAGCAACCAACACAGAUGAUGGAGAAAGUGAAGGCGGGUACACCACAGCCAAUGCUGAGUCUGAUUAUGACCGAGAGUCUGAGAAGGAGAGUGAAGAAGGGGAGGACGAACUGAGCUGUGAAACAGUGAGAACAGCAAGACGGGAUUCCCUGGAUCUCAUCAACGAGGAUGAAACGCAUUUAGUCCUUGAUUCCUUGCAGGAUGAAGGACUGAGCCAGCUACUGCAGCAGGCAGAUCACUUGCACAGUGGUGAUGAGCAGGAGAAGAGAGAGGGAUUCCAGCUGCUGCUGAAUAAUAAACUGGUGUAUGCAGACCAGGGAGACUUUCUUUGGCGCCUAGCCCGAGCAUAUAGUGACAUGUAUGAUAUCACAGAAGACACAGAUGAGAAGAAAUCGUAUGCAUCUGAUGGGAAAGAAGAGCUGCAGAUUGCCUUUCAGAAGUGGGAUCAAAGUGCUGAGUGUCAUCAGUGGUAUGCCAUUCUCUGUGGGCAGCUAGCAGAACAUGAGAGCAUCCAGAAGCGCAUUCAAACUGGAUAUAUUUUUAAGGAACACAUUGAUAAAGCGAUUGCUCUGAAACCUGAGGAUCCAAAGUCUUACUACCUUUUGGGCAGGUGGUGUUACCAGGUUUUCCACCUGGGAUGGCUCGAAAAAAAGACUGCUUCUGCUUUGUUUGAGACCCCUCCUACAGCCACUGUACAGGAUGCACUGCAAAACUUCUUAAAGGUUGAGGAGCUAAGUCCAGGAUUUUCCAAAGCAGUAAGAGUGUACAUUGCCAAGUGCUACAAGGACCUGGGGAACAACUCUGCAGCUCUUCUCUGGAUGAACCUUGCUUCAGAACUGCCAGUUAACACAAAAGAGGAUUCAGAAGCUGAGAGAGAACUUGAGAAGAUGCGAUCAGCCUUGGAAGAAUAAGAGCAGAAGAGCUCAUUCCACUCAACACUGCACAGACAAUAAAAUUCCAUUGAAAGGGGUUUCAUGAUUCUAGCAAGUUUGGUUGCACAGCAUGGAUAAGCCAGAGGAGCUGCCAGGAGGACACACUCAACAGUCUCAUCAGCACUUCCAGGGAAGCAUCUCGGUGGGAUUUAAUGAGAUAAAAUCUUGUGUUAUUUUCCUAUUGAGAGCACAACAUAUGUUUGUUCGCUUUUAAAAUUCCUUAAAAAAAAAAAAAAAAAAAAAAAGGCCAAA